ACACUGCUCAACCUCUGCCGUCAGUCGCCUAGACGCCAGUGCGGCACUCAACGGAUCAUCCCGUCCAGUCGUGUGGGUACCGACGUACAGCAUCGUUUGCCUCACUCGCGUCACAUGGCGCCGCUAAGCAGGCACUCAGUUGCUUAGUUGCCCCAUUUGGCGGUCAUUUGUAGAUUUCCUACAUCUGAACGAAACACAUCUGCUUCCAAGUGUAAGCUCGCCGUUCUACUCUCUGAAGCCUAUCGCGGACUCGUCCACGUCCGUCUCCGUUUCUUCCCACCUCCCCGUCCUGCAACACUCAGUCAGCUCACCUCGAUCGGGCCUUUGCCGACAGGGACCAUUUCCAAAUCCGGCGAGCGAUUAGCACGACAGAUUACCAAAGUUCCCCCCCCCCCCACGUUUUGCUGUCUCGAUCGCAGCAUUCGUACGCCCCACACUUGUGCUUCCCCCCCCCAGCAAUGUUUGACCCGCGCCUCUGCUCGCCUGAUUCGCCAGUUGACUCCGCCAUGUUCCCGCCAGUGUACAACCGCUCCACGUCGUCGUCAUCGACGGCCUCCAUGUCUUCGUGUCCAGGAGACGCUAGCACGGCUCCGUUGCCAAUGAGCAACGACGUUGUCAAACCCAUGACACCGAGUAUUAAGCAGGAGCUCGAGCCUUUCGAGUUCCGUCCGAAUCUGAGCGCGAACCCGACGCCUCGUUCCCAGAAUGGCACGUCUCUCAGCUCGGUGUUCGGGGACCAAGACCUCAUCGACGCCAUCAUGUACAGCCUCAACACGGAGCAGCACAGCAACAACGCCAAUGCAAUCGCCAUCCCGGCCUUCAGUCCCGUGUUCGCCAUGCCUCGGCGUGUCAUCCAACAGGUUCAGAUUCCGCAGCCGACGUCCUUUACCGCCUUGAUGCAACAGCGGCCAAUUGGCGUGCCGAUGCCUGACGGUCGAAUCAAAUCGACCAUGGCCGGCCCGUGUCUCCGCAAACCCGGCACGUUCCUCAACAAGGACGGCCGGUGGAUCAAGGGCAAGCCUUGCCGAAUGGAAGGCUGUGACAAGCGCGCGCAGUCCAACGGGCUGUGCAAGGGGCACGGCGGCGGUGCCCGCUGCAGCUUCGCCGGCUGCAGUAAAUCCUCGCAGGGAGGUGGCUUCUGCCGCGCCCACGGCGGCGGCAAGCGGUGUAUGCACGAAGGAUGCGAGAAGGGCACGCAACGCAAUGGCUUUUGCUAUCUACACGGCGGUGUACGGUCCUGCAGCGUCGAAGGCUGCGAUAAGAAGGACCGUGGCAACGGCAAGUGCUUUUCGCACGGCGGUGGGCGCAAAUGCCAGGCUCACAUGUGCUUCAACACGAUCCGGCGGGGCGCCUUCUGCGACCUGCACAACGGCAAGCUUGCCAAGUGAAGACGAGGACAGCCACGCACAUUAAGUUAAAGAGCCCGGAGAUUGUUGAGCAAGACGUGGCGUGCUCGAUCAUAUAAACCCCCAAUAUACAUUCUGUACGGUGUCAUGGUAAUGCCGAUUCGAUAGAGCAGUCCUACAUGUCUUGUCGAG